AUCUACGUCGAGUCCUGCGUUCUGCGUGCUAUGCUUGCCGAGCAGACAUCUCUUGUAGAUCACCGAUCGAUCGAGUUAUCUCGUCGUGGGUGGAUUUGGGCACACUUUGGAUUCCUUCUGGCAAAACUGAGUGUCUGGCAGCUGUGGAGCAGGAAUCCAACAGCGUAUGCCGGGUACUCAUUUUACCGACCACGGAUGGAUGGAAAGCUGAGUGGACCUCGACCCCUUUUACCGGAGAUUCAACUUCCUCCUCCGUUGGAAUCGAACUCCGGCCAUGAGCAGAGCUUCGGCUGCGUUACCGCCGCUUACCACUCUGCGCCACGGAGGCUUUUUAGGAACUUCUAAUUCAUAGUCGCCAUUAUGGCGCCCCCACCUCCGGAUCCGCAGUACAUUCUGCGGGGAACCAAUGAUGCGGUCAACACUCUGUGCUUUCAUUGCACAGAUCCAGAACCAGAGGCUCCCCUUCUUUUCUCUGGAUCUUCUAACGGGCUGGUCCACGUCUGGAAUUUGAAAACACGUCGGGUGGAAAGAACACUGGAUGGACACGGUGGAAAAUCAGUGCUCUGGGUGAAAACGUUACGUAACAGAGGAAAUGCACUUCUUAGCCAGGGCCGUGACCAAAAUGUCUGCCAGUGGGACUUAGCUGAAGGAGGGAGCGUUGUCACGGACUCUGUUUUCACGGCGAAUGUUGGGUUCUGCAAGUGUUCGCUUUUGGAGGUGGCAGAGAGGCGGUCGCUACUGGCCAUGCCGUGGAAAGGCUUAGAAGAGGUUCAGGUUCUGGAGUUGCCGUCCAAGACGUCAGUCUGUACCUUGAAGCCAGAGGCCGGUGCCAAAUUGGGCAUGCCUAUGUGUCUGAAGAUGUGGCAGUCCGACAUCAGUUCACAUCCUUCCCUUCUGGCUGGCUACGAGGAUGGAUCAGUGGUUCUGUGGAAUUUGUCGAUGGGGAAAAUGCAGAGCCGACUUGCGUGUCACCAGGAGCCAAUCAUGGGCCUUGACUUUGACUCCGAGAAGGCCAAGGGGGCCUCCUCCUCGUCGGAGAAGGCGCUUUGCAUCUGGCGCUACAAUGAGCAGCAGAGCCUAGAGCUCCAACAAAUGCAUCAGCUCACCAAUCCCGGGAUUGCCGAGGUGACCCUCCGCCAAGACAAGAAAAUCCUGGCGACUGCUGGCUGGGAUCAUCGCAUCCGCCUCUUUGGCUGGAAGAAGCUGAAGCCUUUAGCCGUCCUGGACUACCACACGGCAGCAGUCCACUGCGUAGCCUUUUCGGACCACAGCCAGCCCAAUGAGAGACUGAUGGCGGCUGGCUCCAAAGAUCACCGCAUCAGCGUCUGGUCGAUAUAUAAUCAAACAUGAAAAGGGAGUUGGAAACAAAGAAGCCGGACAGACCCAAAGUUUGCAGUUUGGGAUGAAAAGGCAAGUCAGGGCAAGGUGAGGGGGAUUAGAGGUACCACCAGGGCAGGACUUUAGGGCAGAUGUCGAGGGCCCCACUUAGCAGAAUGAGCAGGAAGGCCCCCAAAUGCAGCAGGGCUUACCACAUCUUAAAAUAAAGAAAUACACGGAGGUGGCUGGUGGCUCCAUGUCGGUGGGAUCCACUCCAGGUUUUAGUGCUAUCAUUACAAGGACUUGGAAGUUCAGACUAAAACCCGGAGCAGACUCCACUGACAUGGAGCCACCAGCCGCCACUGGUAAUACACAUUACCAUCUACAGAGGGUGUGCCAGGAUGUACAUGAGACCAUUAAGUACAGAGUCUAAAAUGUCCUGACUUCCCAUAAUGAGUGUCUGGUUGGCCACUGUGAGAACAGGAUGCUGGACUAGAUGGGCCAUGGACCUUAACCCUCAGGGCUCUUCUCGUGCUCUCGUGACUGCGCUACUGACGGGCACCACCCUCAGUCACUCUCAGCAAAUACUUUUGGCACCUUGAAAACAUUGAGAUGAAUUUUGCAUUGUUUGGCAUACUUUUUUUACACACGCCAGUUGUUAGGUAGGAUGUGGAUGAUCCUGCCGUCGACCCCAGUGAUUCUUCAAAGGUGGACGUUGUUAACAUCUGAGUAUUGGUCAUUAUUUCUCCCUUACUUUGCACUCAUUAACGUGCCUGUUCUCGGGAGAUCCGAUGGAAGAGAUGGAUAAUAUUUUAACUACUAAUGUGUAUGAGAACGGAAUGGUGGGUGACUGACAUGUCUGAGAGGUGUGUCCAAGGACUUCAUAGUUUGUAAUUUUAUUUUGAUUCAUGUAUUCUUAUAUUUUGUUUUUGAUUAGUUUUGAAUACAAGUUUUAAAAAGUUGGGUUGGAUUGGAAGUAUCAGUUUCAGCCAGAGCUCCAGCCUGAUUGAAAUUUCACACCUAGCACUAAGGGUUGAGAGCCCUUGAGCAAGAUACCCUCUGCCUCACCUUCCCCUCUUCCUUGUCACUGCCCACCUGCCCUCUCUCUGUCAUCCAGGGGAAAAGGGAGGGCCAAGUGAGCAGACAGUGGUGCCUGUCAUUCCUUCUACUCACCAGCAGGGGUCAGCAAUGCAGGGGCCCUCCCUAGGCGUGGAGCCUCGGCAGAUGUCCAUCCGUGCUGGCCUCUGACACGCGCCGUGCUUCAUCCCUGUGCACUCUUUCCUGUGAGUAAGCCCCAUUGGCCUCAGUGGGGACUUCCUUCAAAGUACACAUGCACUGUGAACCUAGUGCCCCCAAAAAGGUUAUUUUUGCAGUUUGUGAGAGUUCUGCACCUCCUUCAUAUAUAUCAGUUUGGAGAGAGGAACUGCAGGUAAUGUCUUGAAGGAUGGGAUCUGGAAAUAUAUAUAAAUGCAGAUACAUUUUUAAAUGCAAAAUGCUAUUUUAAAUAUAUA